AUGGUAGACUUUAAAAAGUCAGGCCGCCCUUUUAGGGCCAAGUUCAUUCGUUAUGGAGCGAUCGCUGGGAUUUUUGGAACUCUAUUCGCUACCCUCCAACCCUGGGCUAUAGAAAAGAUAAUCAGUUCACAAAUGAAAAUCGAUCCUUGGUGUCUAGCUUACAAGUUCUGGGAAAGAAUACCAAUAAAAAUUAUAAAUAAGUUCAAUUUAUUUAACAUUGAAAAUCCCGAUCAAUUCUUGAAAGGAGAUAAAUUAAAAGUUCGCGAGGUUGGACCUUUCGUAUUAUCAGAGCAAAGGUGGAAAGAGGUAAUUGGAUUCGGUGAAAGGACAAUCAAAUAUUACGAGUGCCGUAAUUAUCAAAUUCUGUACGAACAAUCAAACGGAUCAUGGGAUCAAGAAAUCACUGUUCUUAAUCCAUUUGUAGCUUCAACUGGGGCAAUUGUUGGAGAUAAAUUGGAACAAUUAACUCCCAUCCCAUUGGCUGUCAGUCCUUUCGUCUAUUCAGUUGUUUCUGUGGUUCUAUUUGUCCACAGUCAGAACUUUUUCCUUAAAACUACACCUCGAAGUCUUAUUACUGGACUUCGAGUUAAUCUUCUGGAUACAGUGACCACUCUUCUCAAACCUCUCGAACUGUUGGGCAUUAUGGCUUCCGAUGUAUUUCCAACAUCAGAAUUACCCAAUAAUUCAAUUGGAAUUCUUAAUAGCCGAAAUUUCACCCGAUUAGGACCUCUAGAAAUUUACACAGGUAUCGAAGUGCCAAAGGAAAUGUAUACAAGUACAAUUGCAUUUAGAAACGAAAGAUCAAUGGAUCGAUGGACUGGCUCUGAAUGUAAUACCCCCAAGGGGACUGAUGGAAUCCAAUUUCAACCCUUAAUUGCAAGGAAAACUAAAUUAACUGUGUUCAUCUCUGACAUUUACAGAUCAUUGGAUUUAACUCAUGUUGGGGAUUCUGAUUAUUUCGGGAUUCCCGGAUUUAAAUAUGUUCUUGGACCCGAAGUAUUUGACCCUCCGAGUGUUAAUCCAGCCAAUGGAUGUUAUUGUGUCCAUACAAGGAAAAAGAAAUCACGAUGUGAACACUAUGGUCUCCUUGAUUGUACCGGUGGAUUUUCUGGGCCUCCGAUCAUAAUAACUAGGCCACAUUUUCUCGACACAGAUUCAGAAAUUCAGGGACAGGUUGACGGUUUAUCGCCAGAUCCAGAGAAACAUGAAUUCUACUUAUUAGUUCAGCCUGAUAUUGGAAUACCAAUAUCGGGUGCAGGUCGAUUACAGUUCAACCUUAGAGUUGAACGGGUUCCAUUUCUUCGUGGUUUUAACAAUAUCCGUGACACAAUUGUUCCUUUGGGGUGGAUCGAAAUAUCAAGUACAUUGGAUGGAUUUUUAUUUUAUCUACUCAAGGUUGGUCUCAUUUUAGCUCCAAAGGUCAUCUUAUCGGUUUUCUAUCUCGUCGCUAUCGGUGGUUGGGCAGCUUUUAUCGGUGGACUUAUAUACCUUCUCGUUCGUAAGCUCAGGAAGUCAAGUGCAAGUGUUAGUAAAAUUGGAAAUGUCGAUAAAUUGUCAUCAAUGGAAAAGGAGUCAAUUAAAGUUCAUCCAUUGGAAAUAUCUCUGAAUCAACAGUUUUUUAGAAAUAGAGCUACCGUGGUUCCCGUUGAUUAUGGUAAAUCGUCGAUCAUCAAAUUCCACCAAUUUCCGCUACGAUUGAAUCAAAAUGGACAAUUCGAUCAACUUUUAUUCACCACCAAAAGUUGAAACACAAAGAAGAGAUCUGGAAGCCUUUCCUAGGCUCGUUUGCGCAUGAAAAAGUUCUGAGAAAUUCAUCAAAGGAUUGAGGUUAAAAUGAUUCAGUGAUUAAGAUAGAUGAUGAUAAAAAUUCAAUGGGAUUGGACUUUUAAGAAAUUUUCAUCGUUACGAAUAUUAAAUAGACCCCGAUAGGAAAGAAUUAGUCUAAAUUUGGACUAACCUCCAAUCUACAGCCACGAAAAAUGAAAUAUCGCGCAUAGAGAAACACUUUUUAAUUGUGAUAACUUUUCUCUUUUACUUUCCACUUUAAUCAAUCCAAUUUUCGUUAAAUUAUCUCCUCAUUAAUAUUUUGUUAUUGUUUUGUUUUCUUCUAAUUUUGAUCUCUUGUACUACUUGUCACUUACUUGGAAUUGAAGUUACCAGACAAUUAUUUUGGUUGUAUUUCCUUUUAAAA